CUCGACCUCAAACUCCCAGGCCCGGGCUCUUCCCACUGAGCCACGCUGCUUCCCUAAAUGAAUGAAUGUGUCAGAGACUGUAGUGAGGACCGGAGUAACCAAGGCACACCAGGAGUAGGAAAGACCACACUGGGCAAAGAACUUGCUUCAAGAACGGAACUGAAUUACGUCAAUGUAGGCGAUCUGGCAAGAGAAAGUCAGUUAUAUGAUGGAUUUGAUGAAGAAUAUCAGUGUCCCAUUUUGGAUGAAGACAGAGUAGUUGAUGAACUGGAAGAGAAAAUGAGAAAUGGUGGGGUUAUUGUGGAUUAUCACGGUUGUGACUUCUUUCCUGAACGAUGGUUUCACAUAGUGUUUGUGCUCCGGACAGAAAACUCCCAUCUGUAUAAGAGACUUGAAAGCAGGGGAUAUAGUGAGAAGAAACUACAAGACAACAUUCAGUGUGAAAUUUUCCAAAUACUUUAUGAAGAAGCCAUGGCAUCAUACAAGAAAGAAAUAGUUCAUCAGUUGCCUAGCAAUACUCCAGAAGAACUAGAAAAUAAUUUAGAUCAGAUUAUAAAGUGGGUUCAGCAGUGGAUAAAAGACAACAACUGAACCCCGUUUAGCUGAAUUUCUUCUAGGUUGUUCCACAUCGACAUGGAUAUCUUGCCCUCACCUCCCUCCGUAUUCCAGAGAAAUGAUCUAGUGGCUGAUAAACCAUUACCAUUUAAAAUGUUGGUUCAGAAAUAAGAGGAUGAUAAACGAGGUUAGUAGUUAUCUUUUUUCUCUGUGAGAAAUCAAGAAAAUUCCAGUUAUGAUUAAUAAGAUGUUGGAAGUUUGAGUAAAGAGUCGUCAUUCUCAUCAUCCAGCACUGCCAACUAAAACGUGAAUUAAAAUGACUCAGUGGUUACGAUAACUCAGAAGAAAAUGAUGCCUAUUAAAACGAAAGACUUUUGAGGCGAAUGCUAAAACAUUACAUAAAGGAUAAUGCUACUGGUGGGUAAUACUUCCACACUUUAAAAGUUGCCUGCAAAUUCAUUUUAACAAAGGUUGAGAUUACAGCACAGUAUAAUCUUAACGUUAUGAUAGUACAAUAUUAUUUGUUUUUAAGACUGGUAUUGGGGAAAGACAUUUGUGUAAGAAAUGAUUGCUAAGCCCAGCUCUGAUGUUGACACCUUUUAUAAUCAUAGGCACCAGGUUUCCCAUCAGUGAAAAAGAGUCUAUCCUGGUACCCAGGGUGGCCCUCUGCACCCGGAGCUCAAUAAAUGUUACUUAACUAAAACUUUGAGUCCUAUCUAGUUGAAGAUAAAUCCCUUGUGAUCAUGCUUAUGAUAGUGGCUGCGUUAGGGUAAGCCAUAUGGCUACCUAAGGCCCUCCCUAGACUAGCCCUCUGGAAGCCAGAGAGGAUGGUUAGGUUUGGUGGUUGGGAAUGCUGACUGACGGUAGAGGCCAAGUAUGAAAUCAUGAGCAGCAGCAAAGAGUUAGUGGCUGGGGCCAGUACAGUCUAUCUUAGCCGCUCUUUUUCCUGCUCCGUGCCUGAUGGGGUCCAAACCAGCUGCACUCAUUUCUGAUUCUGGGUCAUGGUAAUUCAAUAAUAUCUCUUGAGUGCAAUUAUAGUUUCUUUUUUAAGGUACAUAUUUUAAACGUGCAUGUCCCACUAUGAAUUGUGGAUCUCAUGUCCAUUGUAUUUUGUCAGUUUCCCAUGGAAAAAAAGGCUUUUAAAACCACUUUUCACCUUGCGGUCUUCUUCCCCUCAGCCGUCGCAGUAAUUACAAUCGGAUUUUCCAUAAUCCAUUUUUUCACUAUGCAUGUCUGAUUGAAUUAUGUUGGGAUUUUCCAGGGGCGUUCUUUUGACCAUGCGUGUCUGCCUGGAUAGAAUGCAAUUAUAAUAUUGGAAGAAGCGGAUGUACAAAUGCGCGUGGUGCCUGUCAAGGCACGGGUAGAAAUUUUUUAAGUUUUUCUUUCUGCGGGGUCAGUCAAGACUGCAACCCUUGUGUUAAUGGAGAGCUGAGUGUCAUUUUUGAUCAAACAGGCUGAUUGCUUUUAAAAGGAGUUUCAAAAUUAGAUGAGUUCCUAUAUGUCUGUUUUGUAGUAUGUAUUUUAUAGUGGAUUCUUAAAAAUUUCCUGUGGAAUUUGUUAGUCACCCAGAGGAUGGGCUGUUGAAACAGUGAAUGAACAAAAUUCGUGGCCCUACCUCUUCAGAGGUAGACAGCUGAUUAAUCAGAAGGCAGUGGAUUAAGGAAGAAAGUUCUAACUUAAGAUAGUCUGGGCUCAUUUUCUACUUGAGGUAUAUUUUUGUAGCAGUGGGAAGAAUGACAGUUGUACAUGUUCCUAUACUAGGGUGAGGCUUUUUCCUUCCCUUUGCCUUAAUUUUCAGAACUGGAUGGGGGGGGAUUCCAAGUGUAUCCAUAAUUUGCUCUACCAUUUACAUUACUCUAUAGAUGUGGCCUUUAGAAGUUAUUAUGCUUAUCCAGUGAAUAAUAAUCAUAUUGUGGUUGAGCAUAGCUUUCCAAGUGGAAGAUGAGGGUGAAAAAUGGGAAAAUGUAUAUGGGAAUAAACACUCUAUAGAAAUUUUGUAGCAAGUAUUUUGUUGAUGUGUGCUCCACAGAGUUAUGAAAGGGGGUUUGUUUCACACAGGCCAUCGACAUGUCAUUGUACCUGUGAAAGCUGCCUAAGAUUCACUCGCUUUCGAGACAAGAUGUCACAGUCCCAAUUUGGUUUUUCUGUAGAGCUGCAGUGCUAGCAGGGUGCUCUCUAAUACAAAUAAAGAAUGAGUGAAAUCUG